AUGGCUGAGGCUAUCGCUGUUCCGUCGCCCUCGUUCGUGCUAAAUCCCCCAGAAUCCGCUCCGAUCGACAUUAAACCCACUAGAAAGACGGCGUCUGCUUCGUGUCCAGCACCCAAGAAGGCUUCCGAUACUGCUGGCGUUACUAAGAGGAAGCAGUCCAAGAGCCGUAAUGGAUGCGUUACCUGCAAAGCAAAGCGCCUGAAGUGUGACGAGAAGAAACCAACAUGCGAGCAGUGUGCCAGGCGCGCAGUGACCUGCGGUGGCUACAAGAAAGACUUCAAAUGGAGACCGUUUGAGGAGCCAAGCAGCUCAAACAAAGCACCUCUCAAGUCGCGCCAAGGUCAGUUCGUCGGCCACGAUUUGAAAACACAUCUAACAAGUCCAGGCUCAGGUCCCCAAGUACCGACGACGUCUAUGCCCUCGCAAUUUCAAGGCCACUCCAACUUCCAAGACCACCAAUAUGCCUUCACUGGCACACCGCACAACGCGUACUACCCGCCACGUCAACAUCCGUACCCCUUCGUGCAUGGCCCACCUAUACAGACAUCCUUCUCACAGCCCUCAUUUGUACCCACUGAGAACCUCUUCGCCGUCUCAGCAGCCUCACCCUUUAUCGUCCCUCCUAUGUCCAUAUCGCCUGCAGGUUCAUAUGCGCCGGGAUCAUUCGGGUCACAAAGCGUCUUGGGGGCUGAGAGCACGACCACUGUGCAAACAAAGGCCAACACCGAGUCAAGUGCAUCUCCUGGCCAAUCACCUGGACUUCUAGACCUUCUCGAACCAGGAACUGAUCUUAACGAACCACCAGAGGAGUAUUCCUCUUUCGUGUCUCAACAUGAGGCCUUUUACCAGCCCACAGGCCUAACACCCCCAGCUUCAAUGGAGGAAGACGGGAUUGAAGAAUUAGUGCGCGACAGUAAUGGAUACCUUGCAAAUUUUGUCACACGAUUACCAUCUCCCUCACCAUCGAGCUCUUCAGGAUCUUCUUCGAAUUCUCCCGAUUUCAAGAUACCUGCCCAGGUACAAUUGUCUCUCACAUCGGCGGAAUCAAUUACACGACGUUACGACAGAGAUACUUGUGGUGUACUCUCAGUGAAAGAUGGACCCACGGAAAACCCAUGGCGAACUCUUAUCUGGCCUCUCACACGAAACUGCCCAGCACUCUACCAUGCGAUCGCAUCCAUGACCUCCUUUCACCAGUCGAAAGAUAUGCCCAUCUUGCGUAUUCAAGGCAUCGAUCAUAUGCGAAACGCUGUACAUGCACUAGCUGCUGGCCUCCAAAAUAUGCGUGUUGAUGCAGCUAUCUCUACCACACUAGUACUGGCUUUUGCCGAAUCAUGGGAUCAACAUAUCAGCACAGGCAUAAACCACAUCAAGGGGGCCAAGAUUUUGAUCAACCAAGCCCUCGUGCAACAUCGCCAUAAGCCAAAACAUGGCGAGGAAUGGACGCGGCUGAAGUUCCUGUGCAACACCUGGAUUUACAUGGACGUCAUUGCCCGCUUAACGUCCGCUGAUGACGACGAUGCAUACGAUGUAGACACUAUACAGGAAAGUAUAUAUGCUACUGGCGAGACAGAAACUACGCUUGACCCUUUGAUGGGCUGUGCGCAUACACUUUUCCCGAUUAUUGGCCGGGUAGCAAACCUGGUCAGAAAAGUACGGAAGUCUGACAGCAAUGGGCCUACUAUUAUAUCACAAGCAGUACAGUUGAAAUCUCAGCUCGAAGAAUGGACUCCCCCUUCUUUCAUCGAAGAUCCGGAAGACGAGACGACAAGCCCACAUGACACGAUCAAAACUGCACUAGCUUACCGAAAUGCCACACUACUUUACCUCCAUCAAGCUGUACCGGAAAUUCCAUCGGAGUCGCCUAGUGUGCUCGCAAAGAGAGUGCUUUGCGAUCUGGCCACCGUGCACCCGCGCUCCCGUUCAAUCAUCGUUCAUAUUUACCCACUGAUGUCCGCUGGCUGCGAGGUAGUUGAGCCGGACGAGCGCGAAUGGGUCACAGAGCGCUGGCGCCUGAUGUCCUCAAGAAUGAAACUUGGAAUUAUAGAACGAUGCUUGGAAGUCACAAAAGAGGUCUGGAGCCGACGAGACGCCCACGCAUCAGAGCGUGUGUUACACCUAAAUGAUAUGCGCAGCCAUAGUUUCUCGCCGGAUGUUGCUUUGGAACACGAGGACGGCGUCUUUUCUAGUGACUUCGACGGGAACGGCGACUUCUGUUGCCAAGAGACAUCGGACUGGAAAUCGGCGUUGCCUAAUGAUACGGAGAACCUAGACGGGAUUGUUACGGUCAAGGAUCGCCUGCAUUGGCUGAGUGUCAUGAAAGAAUGGCAGUGGGAGAUCCUGCUCGGAUGA